AUGAUUUCAGAAACGUGGUUAUCCAAUGACGUACCAGAUGAAGCUGUGCACCUUCCUGGAUUACCACAAUUCAAUGUGCUUAGGAAUGAUAAAGAAUAUGGUAGAGGUGGCGGCGUAGCCUUUUUUAUAAAAGACUCUAUCCCAACAAAAGUUCGAUAUGAUCUUUCUAGCGUGGAUCAUGAAUGUUUAUGGAUCGUAAUUCGCCCUAAAUGGCUACCACGAACAAUGUCAAAGAUAGCAUUAGCAUGUGUAUAUCUUCCUCCAUCGUUAAACUCCGAUGAAAUUAACAAAUUCUAUGACUAUUUUUGUCAUUGCUAUGACACCCUAACUUCGGAAAGUCCAAAUAUAGCGAUAAUCGUCUCUGGGGACUUUAACCCAACAGGAAAUGGCUUUCAAGAAAGAAUAAUCAGGAAGCAAUGCCAAUUAAAACAACUAGUUAAAGAUCCUACACGAGAGAAUGCAACACUAGACCUUGUAUUUACCAACAUACAUCAAUCUUAUGAGAAGCCAACUGUUUUAGCCCCACUUGGUAAUCCCGAUCAUUGCAUGAUUGAGUUGAAGUCUAAAGACUAUAUCCCCAAAGUUAUUCGAUCUGUUCUGGAGUACGGUAUGCAGAUAUGGAGUGGUGGACUUACAAAGAUGCAAAGGGAUAAUAUAGAGAGAGUUCAAAGAAGGGCUCUUAACAUUAUUUCUCCGGAGCAUACUGGUUAUAAGGAUUAUAGCAGCAAAUUAAUUGUGAGUAAAUUGGAAACCCUGGAAGAACGUAGAAAUAAAGCAUGUGUAUUGUUGAUUAAAGAUUUGAUUGACCCGAAUCAUCAGCUUUACGAAUUGUUGCCAAAACAGAACGCUCCUGCAGCCAGCAGAUACAUAUCGUGUGAGAAAUAUCUGUGUGGAAAGUGUCUGGAAAUCCACAACAACUGGGCAGACUUUGAGGAUCAUGUCGUGUUGGCGUUGGAAGAAUUAGCGAAGCCAGAAAAUCGAGCGAGGGCAAAGGGCAAACCUCGUUGUGAGAAACACGACAAAAUACUCAAAUUCUACUGCGAAACAUGCAAAGUCCUUGUUUGUCGAUACUGCAUGGAUCUUAAUCACACUCGGCCUGAACAUACGUGGUUCCCUUUGAAAGACGUUGUUGUACAGCACAAGGAAGCGUUAAACGCAUCUUCCGGUAUAUUCGAGAAGCAAAAAAAUGAUGCAGCCGAGAGUAAUCGUAAGAUUGAAGAGGCAAUGGCGAUCCUGAAGAACAACGCAACAAAAGCAAGAGACACCAUUAAGCAGCAACAACAGAAUAUCCUGAAUGCGUUUACCAAGAAACUCGAGAAAGAAACGACAGCCUUGCUUGACCAAGUUGAGAUGAAAUACAGAGAAGCCAACGAACACCUGUUGAAACAACAAGCUAACGUAAAAGCUUAUUUCGAAAAGGCAAAAAGCUCGUUAGAUUUUACCAGCAAUAUUCUCUCCAGUGGAAGCGACGAGGUACUCCUUGCUCUCAAACACGAGAUUGAGGAAAAAGCUGGGAGCAUUGAGAAUGAACGACCAGAAAAUAUGGAGCCAAUCCACGACAACCUAUUUGAAUAUCAUCCAAAACCAACCAAAGACAUCAUGGAGAAUUUGAAGUUAAACAACUUAGGAAAAAUUGUCAACCCUGUGCAGCGGUCCUUAUCUGAGAGAUCAAUCAUCUUGGAGCAAUCAAUAUGCGAAGCAACUUGUAGAGUGGAUGGAAGAUACGAAGUUUGGUUGGCAACUUUGUUAUCGAGCUUCACGUGAUGGUUGGGAAGGAAGAGAUUUUCAUACAAAGUGUGACGAUGUUGGACCUACAUUGACCUUGGUGAAAUGUGGAACCAACAUCUUUGGAGGUUUUACUGAUCAAAGUUGGAAUUAUACAGAAUUUUUCGGAGAGUAUAAACGUUUCCACUCGUCAUUUCUGUUUUCCUUGAAAAAUAAAAAGAAUAUGCGGCCAUUUAAGUGUCCGAUCAAGGAUGGUGAAAAUGACAAAGCAAUCAGCUAUUCUCCAUUCUGUGGAGCAAUAUUUGGUAGUUGUUAUGAUCUGUACAUCAGCUCCAAUGCCAACACAAUCCCAUAUUCAUACAGCAACCUUGGUGACACAUAUCAAUCUCCUGCAGGAUAUGAACAUGGAGCACCAGAAACCAAAGCUCUGUUGGCGGGCAGCUACAAAUUCACCCCAUCAGAAAUUGAAGUUUUUCGUCAGAAUUUGAAGACUUUAAGCCAUAUGACGUUUAUGCGGCAAACGUCAAAACUUUA